CUAUGGCUCGUUCCACGAGAAAUGUAUAUCAUAUGGCUUUUGCGCAAGAAAGAAACACUCCGACUCCUUCCUCCCUCCCGCCAUUGCUCGAAGCUUCUGAAGCAUCUCUCGCGACUACAAUCCUCUGAGCAAAAGUGUUAUCCCUCUCGAGUUCUCUAUAUUUUUCGCACAAUAGGCAAUGGCUACUGAAGAAGACUCCGUCGAACAAGUUGCUGCAGCACGUAAAGAGAGAUUGAGAGCUCUAAGAGCUGCUCAGGAAUUGUUAAACGCUUCAGAUGAGAAGAAUUCUGGAGGAGAGGAUAAAGAGAAUGGUGCUACUGCAGAUGCUGAAGAAACUAAUCUUAAUAUGAAAUUUCGGAACUAUGUUCCUCAUGAUAAGGAGCUUCAGGAGGGCAAGCUUGCCCCACCUGUAUUGCCAAAGUUUGAGGACCCUGUUACUACUGAACCUGCACAAUUAAAAGAGGACCCAUUUGUAAAUAUCGCUCCAAAGAAACCAAACUGGGACCUUAGAAGGGAUGUACAGAAGAAGCUUGAUAAGCUUGAAAGACGUACACAGAAAGCAUUAUAUAAGCUUAUGGAGGAACAGGAAAAGCAAAAGCAGUCAGCUGAAGGAGACGACGACCAAAAUGGUGCAGAAGGAUAGUAUGGCACACAAGUUAUGAGCUUCGAUAUUACGGUCUCGUUAAUAUUCAUGACUACUGCGACAUGCUUGGAGAAAUUUGUCACUGAAGUACGAUGGCUUUUCUGGCUUAUAGGGUCAGUUUUUCUGUGACCUUUCUGAUCCUUCUUGGCUACAAAUCUUUUGAUUUAGUUUAUCUAUCGUGGCUCAUGGUGUGUUCCUUGACUAAUUACACCUCAUACGGUAUCUCAUGAUGGAUAGUGAUUUGAAAUUUACCUAUACUAAGAAUAACUUUUUAUUUCACUUAAUCUUCUUCGUGAACCGUGUUUUCCCCCCCAUCUUUGUCUGCUACUUUAUAAUCUACUAUGGACAUUGAUUUCACAAAUGGUUUCAGUCAGACCCCCUUGCAAACGUUCCACGGUUCUUUCACUUGUUUUUGUGUCGUGGCAGCUAUCUAUUUCCAGGUGACGUCAGAGCUGCAAGUAAUAUAUGCAAAUAAAAGGUGAUUGUAUGAUUAUCAUAACUUUGAUUUUUCAAUUUUGAAAAACACGAUUGUUUGACCGAGGUUUCAGUUUUCAAUUUUAAAUUUAACAUUUUUGAAAA